AUGAGAAUAAGUAUCACUAUUUUGCUUGCUUUGGCCUUCUUCUCCUUAAUUAAUGCUGAUAUUGGAGAUAUUACAACAUAGACUUAAUGCUUGGCUAAUACAGGUUCUGCUUGCAAUAACUAAGACUCUGAUUACUAAGACUGCAUAGCAGACUACAACAGUGUGAAUUAAUGCACUAUAGAUAAAGGAUGUUCAAUUUCUGUUUAAUCCAAAUCUAGUUAUACUAGUUGUGUUCAAAAAUGCUAACCUAAAACUGAUUAAGUUUAAAAAUAUUUCUCAAAAUACUUGAACUGCAUAAAUAGUUCUAGAAUUAUCUCUGCCUUUUUAAUCACUAUGAUUUUAGCAGUAGUAUUAAUUUGA